CGCCCCGCCGCCAGCCCCGCCGCCAGCCCAGCCGCCCGCCCGCGGAGCCCCGGGCCGCCGCCACCACGCCGCGCGCCGUACUCCGCGUCAAGAAUGGGGCGGCCAAGCUGCCCAAGCCGCCCGCCGCCGCCGCGGCCGAGGCUCCUGGCGCGGGUGCGGGUAUGGAACGAUCGCAGAGCCGUCUUAGCCUGUCCGCCUCCUUCGAGGCGCUCGCCAUCUACUUCCCGUGCAUGAACUCCUUCGACGAUGAGGAUGCAGCAGACAGCCGGAGGCUGAAGGGUGCCAUUCAGAGGAGCACAGAGACAGGACUGGCCGUGGAGAUGCCCAGCCGGACACUGCGCCAAGCCAGCCAUGAGUCCAUCGAGGACAGCAUGAAUAGCUAUGGCUCGGAGGGCAAUCUUAACUAUGGAGGUGUUUGCCUGGCUUCAGAUGCCCAGUUCAGUGACUUCCUGGGGAGCAUGGGGCCAGCGCAGUUUGUGGGCCGCCAGACCCUGGCUACCACACCCAUGGGAGAUGUGGAGAUCGGCUUGCAAGAGAGGAACGGCCAGCUGGAGGUGGACAUCAUCCAGGCUCGGGGACUGACUGCCAAGCCAGGCUCCAAGACACUGCCAGCUGCCUAUAUCAAGGCCUAUCUGCUGGAGAAUGGUGUCUGCAUUGCCAAGAAGAAGACCAAAGUGGCCCGCAAGUCACUGGACCCGCUGUACAACCAGGUGCUGCUGUUUCCUGAGAGUCCACAGGGCAAAGUCCUGCAGGUGAUUGUGUGGGGAAACUAUGGGCGGAUGGAGCGGAAGCAGUUCAUGGGUGUGGCCCGAGUGCUGCUGGAGGAACUGGACUUGACCACCCUGGCUGUGGGCUGGUACAAGCUCUUCCCCACCUCCUCCAUGGUGGACCCGGCCACAGGUCCUCUGCUCCGUCAGGCAUCCCAGCUGUCCCUUGAGAGCACCGUGGGGCCCUGUGGCGAGAGAUCUUAAUGCCAGGGAUGGGGAGGGGCUCCCCAAGAUGGCCUGGAGACCACCCAGCCCUGACCUGGGACCCCAGGCCCAGGGGCACAUUGGACACCGGAGGAUGGGGUUCUUCCCCACAGUGGGGAAGCAGAAUGGGGAGAUCUGCUCCCUUGGGCCCCUCCUCACUCCUUCACCUCCUACCCCUGAGACCUUCCCUCUCCCAGUGGGUUGGCUACACUUUUGACUUGGCCGGUUUUGACCUGGUGGAUGCGGCUACAGUCAGAAAAAGACAGAGGCGGCAGAGCAAACUACUCUCCUGCCCCACCCACCC